AUGUCGUCAACCGAUCCACCACCGAGCUACAAUGGGACCACUGCUGUGUCCGAAAAGCCAAUUAUUGUGUGCGAGAACCCUGACACAUCAACUGCUUACCAUCUCACCCUUGAAAGGUGCAAGAAGAGCAUCCUUCUCCCCAGCGGCCGUAAGGCAUGUUCUGGUACGAUCGAAGACACGGACGUCGCCAUCACCGUCUCGGACAACGACACCUGGCUCAAAAUCCGUGAAGAGAUCUGGCGUCUGUACCAGAAAGUAUAUCCUGCUUACAUGGGUACUGCCGAGAUUGAAGAUUACUGUAUUGGCGCCUCCAUGCAACACACUGCUCAAGAAGGAGGUGUGUUUGGUCGGGUUCAGGCGAUCGAGGCAAAGGAUGAUGCUCUUUGGGUGUUUCUGAAACGUGACGACAUCAGUAUCAUCAACAUCAUCGCAUACUGCUCGCCANCGCGAGGGGAGGCGCCUGGAGAAGUCAGAAGCCCGGAUUACGUCUCCCAUCACUUGCAGAUCAACGAGAAGACCAAGGGCAAGAAGGGUAUCAAGAGCAAGCACCACUGUAUCUUGCAAUGA